GUCUGUAUCAGGAUGGGUCUAAACAACAUGGUGUAAAUGCAGUUGCUGGUGAGCCUCAUUUCCUGUAGGAGGUGAACAAGAGCAGAGAUCUGUUUCCCUUCAGAGCACAAAGGUUGUUUUUGCUCAGAGGAAGUGAAACUGUCUGACAGUCACUGAGAGACGGUGAAACGGCACAGCACAUGAAUCAAAUGGACCAAACAAAAUUCUGCUGUUCAGUCUGUUUGGAUCUACUGAAGGAUCCGGUGGCUAUUCCCUGUGGACACAGCUACUGCAUGAACUGUAUUAAAAGCUUCUGGGAUGGAGAGGAAAAGAAGAAAAUCUACAGCUGCCCUCAGUGCAGACAGACUUUCACACCGAGGCCUGUCCUGGUGAAAAACACCAUGUUAGCAGAUUUAGUGGAGGAGCUGAAGAAGACUGGACUCCAAGCUGCUCCUGCUGAUCACUGCUAUGCUGGACCUGAAGAUGUGGCCUGUGAUGUCUGCACUGUAAGAAAAAGGAAAGCCUUCCAGUCCUGUUUAGUCUGUCUGGCAUCUUACUGUGAGAAACACAUUCAGCCUCAUUAUGAUUCACCUACAUUCAAGAAACACAAGCUGGUGGAGCCCUCCAAGAAGCUCCAGGAGAACAUCUGCUCUCGUCAUGAUGAGGUGAUGAAGAUGUUCUGCUGUACUGAUCAGCAGAAUAUCUGUUAUCUCUGCUCUGUGGAUGAACAUAAAGGCCACGACACAGUCUCAGCUGCAGCAGAAAGGAUUGAGAGGCAGAGAGAGCUGGAGGUGAGUCGACAAAACAUCCAGCAGAGAAUCCAGGACAGAGAGAAAGAUGUGAAGCUGCUUCAACAGGAGGUGGAGGCCAUCAAUCAGUCUGCUGAUCAAACAGUGGAGCACAGUGAGAAGAUCUUCACUGAGCUGAUCCAUCUCAUCCAGAAAAGAAGCUCUGAUGUGAAGCAGCAGAUCAGAUCCCAGCAGGAAACUGAAGUGAGUCGAGUCAAAGAGCUUGAGGAGAAGCUGGAGCAGGAGAUCACUGAGCUGAAGAGGAAAGAUGCUGAGCUGAAGCAGCUCUCACACACAGAGGAUCACAUCCAGUUUCUACACAACUACCCCUCACUGUCAGCACUCAGUGAGUCUACAGACUCAUCCAGCAUCAAUAUCCGUCCUCUGAGCUACUUUGAGGAUGUGACAGCAGCUGUGUCAGAGGUCAGAGAUAAACUACAGGACAUUCUGAGAGAGGAAUGGACAAACAUCUCACUGACAGUCACUGAAGUGGAUGUUUUACUGUCAGAUCCACCAGAGCCAAAGACCAGAGCUGGAUUCUUAAAAUAUUCAUGUGAAAUCACACUGGAUCCAAACACAACAUACACACAGCUGUUAUUAUCAGAGGGGAACAGAAAAGUAACAGCGAUGGAAAACCAACAGUCUUAUUCUGAUCAUCCAGACAGAUUCACCGACUGGUGGCAGGUCCUGAGUAGAGAGAGUCUGACUGGUCGUUGUUACUGGGAGGUGGAGUGGAGAGGGAUUCAGGUUUAUGUAUCAGUCGCAUACAAGAAUAUCAGCAGAGCAGGGAGAGUGAAUGAAUGUUUGUUUGGACAUAAUGACAAAGCUUGGGCAUUAAAUUGUAACAAAAACAGUUAUACAUUUUGGUACAACAACAUCCAAACUCGUGUCUCAGGACCUCGUUCCUCCAGAGUAGGAGUGUACCUGGAUCACAGAGCAGGUAUUUUGUCCUUCUACAGCGUCUCUGAAACCAUGACUCUCCUCCACAGAGUCCAGACCACAUUCACUCAGCCGCUCUAUGCUGGAGUGACGCUUUUCUGUCCUGGAGACACUGCCGAGGUGAUCAAACUGAAAUAGACUGAAGUCUUUCAUAUUGUGGGUUUAAAUCUGUAUUUUAGUUUCAUUUUAUUUUCUCUCCAUCAUUUCUGCACAGAGAUCAGCUGUCAGUCAAACAUUAUGGGUGGUACCUCCACAUCUUCUAGUUGUUCUCUUGAUGUUUCUGAGUUUUUAAAGGAGAUCUUUCCUGUGACUGUUUAUGGAGGCUAUCACUGCUCAUCAUCAUUUUGAUUUACUAAAAUAUUUCUCCACAUGAAAAUGUAAACUUCUCUAUCCUCUAAAUGUUUCUGGAAUAUUUGUAUUGAAAAAUGUCGACAUUUCUCUUUAUGAGUAUGGCAGACCAUGUGUGUGUUUGUGUUUGUUUUUGUCAAAAUCAUCAAACAAAUGAGGAAAAACUGUGAUUUUAAUGAAUGAAUUCAUAUAUUGUGUUGAUGUUUUAUUGUGUGAAUAAACUGGAAGGUUUGACUAUAAAUCAAACUUUGAACAAAG